UCCAUCAAACUUGGCUUUGUUUAGAUGUCCUGAGGUAGCUUCUGUUCCUCUUCUCCUAGGAGGUGGCCUUGGCUGGUACCUGGUCCCCAUCUACACUGUUUUCUGACUUCCAGCUGUCCUGUUUUGUUGGCCAGUGUCUUUGUGACUUUGAAUUGAGUGGCUUGCAUUGAGGCAGCAGCAGUGACCUGGCUCAGGAGUAGAGGGAGUCACUGCUUGCCAACCCCCUCCCCUUCCCCCUCCCCCGGAACCUGAGUGAUGAGCCUUCCCUGGACUGGAACCCUCCACCUAGCAACAGGGCAAACAGAACCCAGCGGGACUCUGUCCCCGAGGUGCCUUUGCUGCCACCCGGGCCCCCCCGGGGUGGCCUGUCUCACCCAUGCAGCACCCCAAAACCCUCUACCCCCCAGCUAUACCCCAGGAAGGCUUUGGCCUGCAGAGCUUGGAGGACCCUGAAGUGCCAGGUGGCCCAGAACCUCUUCCCACCGUAGCCAAUGCUAACCUGCACUAUCAGACCCCCGGCUCGGACCAGGAUGUGCUUCCAGCCCCUCCAGCAGGUAUUAGCAUUCCCAAGCCUUGCUAUGAGCAGGCUUCAUGGUCACCCAAGAUGAGACCCUAAAAUGACCCUGGGUCCCCUCUGUACCCCAGACAGACUCCCCCAUCACUAAACUCACGUGCCACAUUUCGAAGUGACACUGAAGACCGAGCUGAAGCCUGCUUUGUUGACAGCAGCCAUUACUAGGCAUGGCUUUCCGAGAGGCCUGGACACCCAAACUCUGGUGCUGUUCCCCUGAGAGGCAUCAGAGGAAGGGACCCCAACAGUUCCUGUGUCUUGCCCCUCAUGAGUCCCCAGAUGACUGGUAAUCAGAGCUAGUCCACAAGGCUCCUCAGGCCAGGGCUGUGUCCUAUGUACCUGGGCUUUGGGGCCCUGCCCAUGGCCUGGCGGCCCCUAUGGAACCCCACUCAGGUGUUCGCCACCCACAGGCUUCCAGAUGGCUCCCUGCGGCUGCUUCUUCGACCCCCGCAUCUACCGCAUCGAGUGGGCCACCUCCGACUUUGGCCAGUCAUCCCUGUACAAGGUGGCGGUGGCUGGGGGUCCUGCCUUGUCUGGUGGCUACUUGCUGGAGGCCCCAUCCUACCUCAAGGCCCCGGGGCCACCACCUCUACUGUACCCCCACUACCAGCCGGCCCCCGGUGGGCCACAGUACCUCACACAUUACCUUCCACCGGAAGUGCCUGUGCCUGAGGCUCUGGGCUUCAUGCGGGACGGAGGGCCCCUCAACUUCAUGGAGAUGCUCAGAGAUGGCCUGGCACCUCCGCCAACCCCCAAAGAGACUAAGCCAUCUCCCUUGCUUAUCACAGUCCCCACAGCACACACGCUGCCACCUGGGCCCUACGGCCAUCUCAGUGGCCACGCCAGCCAGUUCCCAGGACCCCAGGUGACCAUGAGGCCCAUUGAAGCUUCCAGGGAGCUACAGAGCAGUGGUGUAGCCAGGCCAGGUCUGCGAUUCCCUCCUGGGUCUGUAGAGCCCAAGGAGGCCCAGGUGGAGGAUGUCACCGCAGCGGGCUCAGGCGAGACCAGGCCUCCUGAGGCGCCUCGUGCGUUCUUCCUACCAGACAAGGUCCUUCUAGAAGAUGCCAUGAAACUUUUUGAUUGUCUCCCUGGUGGCACUGAACCUGAGGUGGCCUUGCACAGGGGUCCUGGCCCUGGACUGCGGGACAGUGGUGGUGGUGGGGAUGACUUCCCAACCGACAUCCGUUCCCUGCACCUGCCAGAUGACCUGCUGUCCUUUGACUACAGUGUCCCUGAGAUCCUGGAUGCAGUGGCCAAUGUGGAUUACUUUUUCAGCUUCAAGGCCCUGGAUGAUGAGCCGCUGCCCCAUCUUGGGGUCCCUGUCACCGACACGGUGGCCCCUGGCCUGCGGUCCCAUCAAUCGGGGAAAAAAACCAGCACAUCCACCAAGAAAGGGAAGCCAGGCGGCAGACACAGGCAGACCACAGGCCCAGCUGGCACUGCCACCACAGGACCCAGGCUGGACCCGGGAGCCACUCCCAAUUAAAGCGAUUUGAUUUCUCA